AUGUGCAAUGACCGUGAAGGUAACUUGCUAACAGAUAAAACUAUGGUAGCAGCCAGGUGGAGAGAGCACUUCGAGACAUUGUUGAAUAGAGAGAAUGUUAGCGCGUCAACGAACAGAAUAAGGAUAAGUGACGAUGAGGCAAUCAAAGAGCUGAAAAACUGUAAGGCUGCUGGAAAGGACGAGCUCCCGGUCGAACUUUUCAAACACGGUAGUGAGCAGCUGCACGAAAUACUUCACCGUACUCUUUUGAAGGACGAUAUUGAUAUCAUUGGAAUAGACCGCCGAGCCGAGGAAAAGGCAUUCGUGCCUUUUAAAAGGGAGACAGCAAGAAUUGGUCCAACAAUCAGCAUCAUCAAGACGAAGUACAUGAUAGCUGGAAGAAUACGUGGGUCCAAUAGUGAGGUUGGUGUUGAAGUGGUGUUAGGUGGUGAUAAAUUUGAAGUAGUGGAAGAAUUUGUGUACCUUGGACCUCUAGUGACGUGCGAUAAUGAUGUUACUCGCGAGGUGAAAAGGCGUCUUGCAGCUGCAAAUAGAGCUUUUUACGGACUUCGUAGCCAGCUGAAGUCCCGUAGUUUGCAGACGAAGACAAAAUUCGCGUUGUACAAGACAUUGAUAGUUCCGGUUGCCUUGUACGGCCAUGAAACGUGGACGUUAAGGGAAAUUGAUCGUAGAGCGUUCGGUGUCUUCGAACAAUACUCGGCGGUAAAGAAGAAAAUGGCAUCUGGUGACCUCGUAUGA